AUGCCUGAGCUCAAGCCCUACAAGGGGGACUAUUUCCUCUGGGAUUACGUUCCGUCAAUAGGAGCGUCAGUUCUAUUCCUCAUUCUUUUUAUUUGCGCCACAAGUUUCCAUUGCUGGAAAGCCUGGAAAACAAAAACUCGUUUUUGCAUCCCGUUCUGUAUAGGCGGACUUUUCGAAAUCGUUGGGUACAUUGCCCGAGCAGCUUGCUACGAAAAUACAGCGGCACUGGUUCCAUACUCCGUCCAGAGUAUCUUUAUCCUUCUCGGUCCUGUUCUCUUCGCCGCGUCAGUUUAUAUGGUGCUCGGACGGCUUAUCCGAGGCGUUCGUGCAGAGCAACACUCUCUCAUCCGCAUCAACUGGCUUACAAAGAUUUUUGUUGCUAGCGAUGUAUUUUCCUUUAUGAUUCAAGGCACUGGAUCUGGCAUGAUGGCUAUGGGAGGAUCGAUGGCUUCUAUGGCCAAGAGCAUUACUGUUGUUGGACUUCUAGUUCAAGUCAUCAUGUUCGGAUUUUUCAUCGUUGUUGCCCGUGUGUUCGAGAAAAGGAUGACUCGUUCCCCUACGGCCGGGGGAACUCUAUGGAAGAGUCAUCUUUAUCCACUUUACCUGAUUAGCGGAUUGAUCAUGACUCGGUCGAUCUUCAGGGUUCUCGAAUUUGCCAUGGGCCAGAAGGGAUAUCUCUUGAGUCACGAAUGGACCAUGUACAUCUUCGACUCGGUUCUGAUGAUUGCAGUAAUGAUUGUCUGGGCUUUACGCUAUCCAAGCGAUUUGGUCAAAUUCGGUACAGAGGAUGGGUCGUUGAUGAUGGAUGGCUUUCAAUAUAAAUAA